UCCAUUAUAGCCUGACAGAGGAUUUUAGUCAUUUGGAUCCACACUGGAGAAAACUCACCCUGUGAUCCAUUCCUAACUGAAAAUCACUAGCUUUGGAACAUGUCUGCUGCAACCUCUGCUAACAGAGGUCCUUUCUGACGUGACAUCUUUGAUUUAGCUAUUCAAAUAGCCAAAGUGGAUGACUUGAGAACAAUGUGGAGGAAUCAUGACAGAAAAUGCGGUUUGUACUGGUGCUGUCAAUGCUGUAAAGGAAGUCUGGGAAGAAAGAAUAAAGAAACACAAUGAAGAUGUGAAGCGAGAGAAAGAAUUUCAGCACAAGCUAGUGCGGAUCUGGGAAGAACGAGUAAACUUAACUAAGCUAAGAGAAAAAGUCAUCAGGGAAGAUGGAAGAGUCAUUCUGAAGAUAGAAAAAGAAGAGUGGAAGACUCUCCCUUCUUCUUUACUGAAACUGAACCAGUUACAGGAAUGGCAGCUUCAUAGAACUGGUUUGUUGAAAAUUCCUGAAUUCAUUGGAAGAUUCCAGAACCUCAUUGUGUUAGAUUUAUCUAGAAACAUGAUUUCAGAGAUACCCCAAGGAAUUGAAUGCACAGCUUACAUACACUGUGGCUCCAGCGGAAUGAAUUAACAUGCCUGCCCAACACAAUCAGCAACAUGAGAAACCUGGGAACACUUGUUCUCAGCAACAACAAGCUGCAAGAUAUUCCAGGAUGCAUGGCCGGAAUGGCCAGCCUGCGGUUUGUCAACUUCAGAGACAACCCACUGAGACUGGAAAUAACACUUCCUCCCUGUGAAAACACGGACGCAGAGGAACAGGAGCUCUUUGGUCUUCAGUUUAUGCAUGCAUAUAUACAAGAAUCACAAAAAACAGAUGAUCAAGUCAAGUCUUUGACUACACUACCCAUCUCUAUAAACUCUAAUGGAUAAUAUAAUUCAAUAUGCCCUG